AUGAUUAGGUCUAUUUUAUUCUUAAGCUAUUGCAUAUUUUACGGAGUAAACGCAGGAUAUUAUUCAAACAAUGAAGAAGAUCAAUUGUAUUCUGGUAUUUUAGCAUACAUUUUUGAAUAUUAUGCGCGUAAUAUAACAACGGCCUAUAAAAUACUAAAUGAAUACACUGGACAAAAUGACAGAAGUAUUAUUCCGGAAGAGACAGGAAGCAGUACAAUUAAAGGUGCAUUAGUACUUCCAGACGAAAUGAUGUGUACUCAAUGUAAUGAGGAGCUGAAAUGUGUGAAGUCAUAUCCACCGGAAAAAACAUGUCAAAAUCGUGAUAUUAUAUUUGAUUGCACUGAUGACGACACAGAGGGCUGCAAAAAUGAAUGUGUUUGUAAAGAGGGAUUUUAUAGGAACGACGAAGGAGAUUGUGUGACAAGCGAAAUGUGUGACAAAACGAUGUGUACUCGAUCUAAUGAGGAGCUAAAAUGUGUGAAGUCAUAUCCGCCGGAGAAAACAUGUCAAAAUCGUGAUAUUAUAUUUGAUUGCACUGAUGACGACACAGAGGGCUGCAAAAAUGAAUGUGUUUGUAAAGAGGGAUUUUAUAGGAACGACGAAGGAGAUUGUGUGACAAGCGAAAUGUGUGACGAAACGAUGUGUACUCAAUGUAAUGAGGAGCUGAAAUGUGUGAAGUCAUAUCCACCGGAAAAAACAUGUCAAAAUCGUAAUAUUAUAUUUGAUUGCACUGAUGACGACACAGAGGUCUGCAAAAAUGAAUGUGUUUGUAAAGAGGGAUUUUAUAGGAACGACGAAGGAGAUUGUGUGACAAGCGAAAUGUGUGACGAAACGAUGUGCACUCGAUCUAAUGAAGAGCUGAAAUGUGUGAAGUCAUAUCCGCCGGAGAAAACAUGUCAAAAUCGUGAUAUUAUAUUUGAUUGCACUGAUGACGAUACAGAGGGCUGCAAAAAUGAAUGUGUUUGUAAAGAGGGAUUUUAUAGGAACGACGAAGGAGAUUGUGUAACAAGUGAAAUGUGUGGUAAGAUAACAAACAUAUAA